AUGCAAUCUCCAUCUGUCUCAUUUAUCUAUCUAUCCUUAUGUAACUGUUCAUUAUCUAUCUAUCUAUCUAUCUAUCUAUCUAUCUAUCUAUCUAUUGCAGUCCGUUUAUUAUCUAUGUAUCCAUCUAUCGCAUUCUGUUCAUCUGUAUGUAUGCAUGUAUCCAUCUCUCUGUCUCAAUCUGUUCGUAUCUAUCAUCUAUCUAUCUAUCUAUCUAUCUAUCUAUCUAUCUAUCUAUCUAUCUAUGUUCAUUUUUCUUUUUCUUUAACUACUGUUCAUAUCUAUCUAUCUAUCUAUCUAUCUAUCUAUCUAUCUAUCUAUCUAUCUAUGCCUUUCCAUAUCUAUCUAUCUAUCUAUCUAUCUAUCUAUCUAUCUAUCUAUCUAUGCCUUUCCACAUCUAUCUAUCUAUCUAUCUAUCUAUCUAUCUAUCUAUCUAUCUAUCUCAACACUUUUCACCUAAAUCUAUCUAUCUAUCUAUCUAUCUAUCUAUAUGCAAAGGAAUACUUCGAGAGUCAAUUCUUUUCCUCUGCUGAUAUUCAAAGCCGCCAUCUCUGGCUUUUUCGGGCCUCUCUUUUCUUUCCUCUCCAUAUUUUUCCCUUCUGA